UAAUAUUGUGAUUUUGUAAUUACGUAAGCCGUUAGCUAAAAUAAACCUCGUUGUGAAAUGCCGCCAAAAUCUGCACUGAAUUCCAAACGCAACAAAAAUAAAAAGAGCGUAUCAGAACCAUACGUUUCUCCUAAAACGGACACUAGUAAUGCAAGCGCUUUGGAUCCAGAAGCGAAGGACCGUUUCGAAUUAGAAUUAUGCUGGUGCAUACAACAAAUGGAAGCGAGCCUAGCUGGUGGCAAACUUCAGGAGAAGCAAGUGCAGGAACUUAGUAAACAUAUACAUUUGUUAAAGAGUAACACUGCGCCGUUAGUAAAAAAGAGACAAGUAAUGAGAAAUACUUUGGGAGACUACAGAGAGAAAAUGGCUGAGGACGAGCGAAAGUUUAGCAAAACUGUAUCAGUAGUUAAGUUCACUGAUUCUGCUUCACUAGAAAAGAAAUCAAUAUUUAUUAAAAAAGCUGCUGGAUACAGGACACAGAAUUCUAAUAGACAAACGGAUGAUCAUAAAACACAAAAUACAUUACAAAGUACAGAGCAGGCUGUUUGUAAUAGUAAUAAAACUGAAAGUUCAUUUAAAUUCAAUUUCUAA